AUCCAGAUUCGAAACCAAUGUCCAGGGCCCUCAUCUCCGCCGCCCCGUACGGGUAUCGUCGUCUCCCGAGUCCUGAUCUAAUCCCAAUCCGACCCAAGAGAGCUGCUGCCGUGCCCUACCUCUCCCCCGCGCCGCUCAAUCCGUCACUGCGGCGACCCCCUCCACAACCCCUUCAACCUCUCCGCCUCUCACGCGUCGCCGCCGUCGGCGUUCCCGCUCUACCACAUCUUGUCCCUGCUGUCUCAACCGCGUCCGUGAUUUUGGCAAUUGGUUGCUGAGAAAAGGAGGGAGAAGAUCUUGAACCUUUUUUAUGUGAACACCCGAAGGUCUUAUUGGAGGAGCAAACGCCUGAAAUCUAGCCACCAACCACUCCCACCACCAUGGUCAUGCCAAGAUAGGAGCUAGGAAGCUAGGCAGAUGGAUUUGGAAGAUGGCCGCAAUCUGGCCCAAGAAGUCAGGGAUAGCGCCAAUCGCCCCUAAGGCUUCUUGAUGACUAGGGUAAUCUACAAGAGGGGCCCAAGCCCCCCUCCCUUUCCGGCUCCGGACGAGCAGAAGUGGGAAGGAGGUGGAGACAAAGUUUCUGAAGGGAAGAGAAGGAGAGAGACAGGGGAUCAGGGACAGACGACAGUGAAAGCAUUGGAGAAACUAUUGAAUCGUAUUGACAUGUAAAGUUGAAGGGGGAGUUAUCUGUGACUAAAAUACUUGUGGUGCAAAAAUAUGGUUGACAUGAACUCUGAUCACAUUUUUGAGGUUCCUGACACACCUGAUCGGAUACAACAGUCAACAUGUCCUGUACCAAGCUUAGCUACUAGGAGAGGUGUAACAAGGGCGGCUGGAAAUCCUUCACCAACCCGCAGAAUCAUAUUUAAGAGUAAGAGUAAUUCCAUCCAAGGUCAAUCAAGUGAAGGCAAUGCAAUUAGGGAACUGCCUGCACCUUUAGACACCGACAGCAUUUUUAGAAGAGCUGAAUUGGUGCGGUUGUCGCCAGUAACAGAAGAUUUAGAAGCAAAACUGUCCCCACCAAAAUUAGAUAGGACUACUAGGUCAUCUGUUGUGAAUGCGAAUGGGGCUCGCACUCUUGAUUUGGAUCAGAGAAGCAGCAUUUCAAACCACCUAAUUUGUAGGGGCACUGGAGGAAAGAGCAAUAGCUGCCAAAUCAGAGAAGGUCAGGUUAGACAGCGAGAUGCAAGUCACCGGAAUAUUGACUUUCUCGGUGUGGGAUCAGAUCUUCCUACUAUCCCUGUGGGAAAACCACGAAACAGAGCAAAAAUUAGCACCUCAAAUGGGCUGAAGGAGGUUGCAGGUGCUGAAGUUUUUUCAGGGUCUAGUCCCAGGGACAAAAGGGAAUCAAUCAAUAUCAAGAGUGCGGCAGGACUUUCAAGUCAUACACAAUGUGAUGUUCCUCAACGGUAUGUGGGUCAGAGAAAGUUGGUGCGGAAUGGUUGUAUUUCUCCCUCCAACAUUGUCAAAAGAAGUGUAAAAGCUGAUGACAAGCAGGAAACGUGCUCUACAAGUGGAGUCUUGCACCAUCCAAAUCCUCGGGCUGAUGUUUUUCAUAAAGUAAAUGUAAUUGAUCUUACUGAUAAUUCACCAACAAUAACAAGGAAAGGAAUCACAGGAGCUGAUGGGUUGACUUCUGAAAAUAAUAUGGAAACAAGGGCAUCCCAAAGGUUCACAACAGCCAGAGCUGCGAAGACUCUUAUUCCACAGGCUGUAAAUCAGGCAAGCAGCAGUAAUUAUUCUGAAGGUUUUAACAGCAAAGGCAAAGAAAUUAUCCAUGAUGUAAUGGGUACUGGGCGGACUGGAGAGGCUAAUCAGAUGAGAUAUUGUCCAAGAGCUGCAGUAGAUUCUUCUUUUAUCGUGAAUGACAACAGUAGUGGCAUGGCUUAUCAGCAAGGUUGGAGAACAACACAUAAUCAUACUCGUAAGGUUCCCAGUAGUUGUGAAAUAGAAUCUGGCUCUUCUGGACCAUCUAAUCAGGGUCAUGAAACAGGAGAUAACAAUAACUCAAUUAGUGCAGCAACCACUACGCGACCUGCAAGUUUGAGGAAUAUGACAAUAAAGAUAAGUAAAGGAAAGAGGAAACACACAUCAAGUUCCUAUCAUCCGGGUGAAAGCUCUAGUUCUCUUAAUGGACUUAGCGGCUCAUGUCUUGCAUUUUCAGACAGAACAGCCGGCAGAAAUCCUUCCAAUAUUUGUCAUGAUAUCCCUGUAAUAGAUAUUGAUGACAUACGUUCCCCUGAAGUUGGAUCUAGUUUGAGUGGCCACAGCAGUAGAACCUUGAUUGAUCCUAACAUAAGCGCACAGUUGGAGGCUGAUGAAUUGUUGGCUCAGCAACUUCAGGAGCAGCUUUACAGUGAAACACCUCGUUCUGUUCCUAGGGAAGAGAUGGAUGCAAUCGUAGCAAUGUCACUUCAACAUGAAGAAGAUGCACAAAGAACAUCUAGAACCCUAAGGCGGUUUCGAAACAAUACUAGAGCUACCCGAGCAUCUCGUUCAAGUGCUUCUCAGCGUGCAAUUAGAGCUAGAUAUGAGACGGCAAUUUCCCAUAUGCAGAAUGCGGCUCCAAUAACUUUGGGAUUGAGGGCCAUUGUUGGUGGAUAUCUUGCUCCGCAUAUUCAACCUAAUAUUGAUUUAAAUGAUUACGACGCGCUACUUGCAUUAGAUGAAAAUAACCACCAGCACACUGGGGCUUCUGAAAGUCAGAUCAAUAAUUUGCCUCAGUCGGUAUUACAGUCAACUAGCAAUGAAGAGCCCUGCGCAGUUUGCCUUGAAAAUCCCUCUAUCGGAGAUACCAUCCGCACUUUGCCAUGCUUUCAUAAGUUCCAUCAAGAAUGCAUUGACGAAUGGCUUAGAAGAAAGAAACUAUGCCCAGUUUGCAAGUGUGGGAUUACAAGAAGUUAGCCAGUGCAGUUUCCGUGCUUUCCUUUGUAGCACGAAAUAGAUCGCCUGCAUCUCUGGUUGCAUUUUUCUGUUGGCUGUGAUACAAAACGGAGGUCGCACUGUCUGCUCUCACUGCCUUCCGUGCCAAUAUGCCCUCAUGUGCAUUUUGUUCAGAUGGAUCAUACUUGAUAAUCAAUAUUUCUUGCCCUAAUGGUGGCAUCGUAUCUUGGUACAUUUGUGUUAGAGCCUUCUUUAUCGGCAUAAAUUUCGGAAGUUCUUGAA